CCCCAUCUCUCCCCCAUAACCUCAUUCUUUGCACCCAUCAAGUACUUAAAAAGAUCAAGGACAGAGAGCAAAGCACAGAAUCAAUCCAAGUGACAGCAUGAAGAUCCGGUGCGAUGUCUGUGACAAAGCUGAGGCCACUUUGUUCUGCUCAGCUGAUGAAGCUGCUCUUUGCGACGCCUGUGAUCGCCGUGUUCACCAUGCAAAUAAGCUUGCAAGCAAACACAAGCGCUUCGUUCUUCUACAACCAACAUGCAAAGACUCUCCUCGUUGUGAUAUCUGCCAGGAAAUACGCGGAUUCCUCUUCUGUCAAGAAGACAGAGCGAUUCUUUGCAGGGACUGUGACCAUUCAAUCCACAAAGCCAAUGAACACACGAAAAAACACCACAGGUUUCUUCUCACUGGCGUGAAGCUUUCGUCUGAUUCUACUCCAUAUCCGACUUCAUCAUCAUCGUGCUCUACCUUCUCUGAUGAAGUAGACAUCACCAGCAGUACUGACCAUGCAAGAGUAGACUCCAAGUCAUCGACAAAGAGACCUAGAACAGGAUCCAAUGAACAAACCUCAUCGUGUAAGGUAGAGCAUAAUUGUUCUAUCAGCGACAAUGGUUCAGUAAUUUCGACGAACAGCAUGUCUGAGUACUUGAUGGGAAAUCAGAUCACCGAGUGGCGUGUGGAGGACCUUCUUGAUGCUUCAUUUGAUUUUGAUAGCUUCUAUGAGGUUGGAAGUGCACCUUACUUGUAGAGAGCUAACAAGAUCAGUUUUGCAGGCAUAUUGCAUCUGGGAAACGAUAGUUAUACUUGUUAGAAAAUGAUUAUGAGUCCAACUAUUGUUUCCUAAGUUCCCAAAGCUAUCACAUUAAUUCACGUAUGAGAUACUCAGAUAUGUGAUAAUAUUAGGACCCAUCUUGUAACACAAGAAUUGGGAAGGAGUGAUGGAGUUGGGAAAAAUAUUAGUAAAAUGAGUUGGAGUUUCUGACAUGUUUAGUGAAGGAAGACUUCAUAGGAACAUGUGAUAUUGCCUGUUGUUUCACCUCAAUCCCAUCUACCAAGAACUACAGCUAGAGGGGCCAUUGAGACUCAUAGCACUAUUA